AUGGGAAGGUCAAAAAAUCAUUCCAAGGGUAGCAGUAGUUCCCAGAAGACAGGAUCCGGUUUGAGCCACUUUACUUUGAUGGCGUCUAUUAUGACUGAAUCUUUAGUGCAAAAGUUAAUCAGGGAGAUUCAAGAUCACAGCUACUAUCAUAAAUUCAUAAUUACUAAUAUUUCGAAGGAUCACGCUUCAAGGAGAAAUAUUUUAAAAUCAAUAAUGGAUGUAGUAAAGAUUGACACAUUCCAGCCCCUUAAUUUUUAUGCAUCAUCGCAAUCCUGUUCAUUUAUAGCGACAUCUUGUUUAGAUGUUAUAAUGAAAAUAAUUUCCCAUAGGUUUAAGAUACCAGACUGCAGCGAUAGAACAAGAUGUUUUGAGUUCACUAUAUUAGUCAACUUUGUGGAAGUAAAAAAACAACAAGUUAGAAGAUUCGAUGGUCAUCAUCUUUGGAGUGUAAUAGAUAAAAGGAGAACUAAUUAUACCGUAAAUUUAGACAACUUUUGUGAAGAGUCAGGUUUAGAUCAUUUCUACCUAUUAGAAGACAAUAGAACUUUGUUUAUAAUACUUCAGUAUAUUGCCAAAUGGAACCCCAAUGAGGUUAUUCUAUCGAACAAUUACAUAUCUGACUUAACGCAUUUUGUUCUAUUGAGCGAAAGUGUGACAUAUUUAGAUUUAAACAAUAAUUUGAUAAAAGAUGUAGAAUCCUUACAAAUAUUGAGUUUAUUCAGAGGAUUAAAAACAUUAGACUUACGCGGCAAUCCUGUGUGUACUCGGUUUGCCGAUGCUUGGAAAUAUCGUUAUGAAAUAUUGAGAAUUUGUCCAAAUUUACGUAUAUUGGAUGGUGCGCCGGCUUACGAAAAUUCAAAUUUACAGUACAAAAAAAAUUUUGUGUGUUCCGAAGGUGCUGAGGAUCUAGCAUCCGUAUUCCUCGAACAUUUCUUUACUUUAUACGAUUCUCCCGACAGAUCUGGACUGAUUCCAUUAUACAACAGUCAUGCUCUCUUUUCAGUAACUGCUACUAUCAUCCCGAAUCAAGAAAAUUCAAACUCAGUAGAUUUAAGACAUUAUGGCCUAAACAGUCCUUACGCUGUUAGUAAGAUGACGGACAUAAUAAAGCUUUUCGCUGAAUUUCCUAGAUCAUACCAUGAUCCGUAUCCCAUGGUUUGUGACGUAGUAUUAUUUACGAGAAACACUGCUUGUCUUACAGUCUGUGGAAUAUUCAGGGAACUGAAUCAAGUACUGUCGUUCACAAGAAGUUUCUUUUUCUGGCGUAUAGGAGAUUUAUUUCGUAUUACAAAUGAACAGCUGCACGUCAGCAAUGCGACAGAUUUUCAGAUGGGUUGGAGUUUUGCCUUUCCUGUGGAUGUGAAAUAUUUUGGUAACCCACUACCGUAUUACUUCGAGCAGUACGAUAGACUUGAGCAAGUAGUAUGUAAAAUAACAAAGAUGAAUGUGAUAUAUGCAAGAAAAUAUCUGGACAUCAUACUGUCUAGCUACGGAAAGCUCGAAACAGAAGUGGAAGAUCAAGUAAAUAGAGCAAACAAAGCUGCAGCUUUUGAAGUUGUACUUCUUUGGGUGCAAUUGGGAAAAAUGUCGCUUAACAAGUACCUUCGACAAAAAGUCUUGGAAAAAAAUAGUCUUACCGUAAAAACAACUUGGAUGACUCUCAACAAAGAACGCAUAAAAUCUUCAAACGACGCACUACCUGAAACAAAUUCGACGAUAGAAAAAUUGUACAGAACUUCUAAAUCUACCAAAAGUACAUCUAAAACCAAAGCCAGUAAGGUUCAGUCAAAUAUAAUUGAAGUUACAGUUUUCCCUCGUUGUGUAACACAGAAAAGUCUUAAUAAAAUGGCGCCACGGCACACUCAAAAAGAACCGUCGUUCAUAAUGUCUGCACCUUCCAAAGAAGCCGUCAAAGAUGCACCCAGUAUUUCUAGAGAUGCACCCAGUACUUCUAGAGAUGCACCCAGUACUUCUAGAGAUGCACCCAGUACUUCUAGAGAUGCUAUAGCAAAGGUUGAUCCUUUGCUUCAUUUGGCAAAUCGCAUGGCUAAAGACAAAGAACUGGCUCUCAAAGCUAUCGAAGAUCUGAAAGCGAAAGAAAAAUCGGCAAAUCCGGUGGUGUCAAAUCCGAUGGUUGGUUCCACUUCCAAUUUGAAACAGAGAUCUAAAGAAGGGCUCCAAGAUUCUAUUUCAAGAGGAAAUUCAGCAUCUUCAAGUAAACAAUUGGGGUCGGAGUCAACUAGUCGUCAAUCAGAUCAAAAAGGAAAGUUGGGGAAUGAAGUUACAUCUGGAAAAUAUAAUAGACGCGAUGAGCAAAAACCAUCAACGAGUGUAACACCAGUUGUCAAGGGUACGAUUAAUAAUGAUAUGAUUCAGAAGAUAAAAGAAAACAUACAGAAAGAAAAAGCGUGCACCGAGAAGUUAAAAUCUAUGACAUUCGAAAAAGAAAAAAGAAUAGCAUUUUUCGAAAACAAAAACAAAGUAUUUACAGACGAAUUCAGAAAUUAUUUUACCGAAGACAGAGACGGAGACCCUAUCGAUGUAGAACUCAUACUGUCAUCUACAGACACUGAAGUCGGACAGUCGGAAGAGCCUAAAGGGAAAAAAUUUAGGACUAGAAAAAAAAGAAAAUCUAAAGCCGCUAGAGCCAGAGCUAGACGUAAACUUGAGGAACAAGGUGUAAGCGCUAAAGUAGGAAAAAAGACUAAAAAGGUUAAAAAGUCUUUUAGAUACUUUAACAAAAAAAUACCUGAAGACAGUCUGACAGCUGGCUUUAAAGAUUCUCCAGCAGUUACUGAGAAAGAAUCUAAUCCUGCUAAUGUAAAACAGUCUCAACUAGAUGAUGUAAAACAGUCUCAACUAGAUGACGUAAAACAGUCUCAACUAGAUGAUGUAAAACAGUCUCAACUAGAUGAUGUAAAACAGUCUCAACUAGAUGAUGUAAAAAAACAGUCUCAAAUAACUAACCUUAAGGAAUCACACGUACUGUCCGAACCACCCAAUACCGGAAAACUGGGAUCCACUGCUGAAAAAGAAGAGAAAGUUCAACAAUUGGAAGUUGCAAGUGCAUCUAAAGAAAAUCUGGACACCGAAACAAAUUCAUCAACAUCUCAAACUGUUGAAGUUUCUGGAGAAUUAAAAAGAUCUGUCGAAGAUGCAGAAGACCCCGCUGUCAAAAAGCUAAAAUUGACGACGGAUACAACUACAGGUCACAAUCUCGAAAACGUCAAAACGGAAAUUGUUCCCGAAAAAAUAGAAACUGCAACUGAAGAAAAAAUAGAACAGACAGGUCAAAAUCUCGAAAACGUCAAAACGGAAAUUGUUCCCGAACAAAUAGAAACUGCAACCGAAGAAAAAAUGGAACAAACAGGUGAAUCCCAGAUCGGAAACGCAUUCAAACGUCCACGUCCAAAAUUAAAAACCAAACAAUUGUCGAGUAUAAAGAGAAAACAAAAAGUUGACUUUAAACAAGCGAAAUGUUUUAUUCCUGACUUCAAACGACAACUAGUUGUCAUUUUGCAUAGAAUGACAAUAGAGGAAAUUAAAGCGAUGGUACCACAUCAAAAUUUACCGUCCCAUUUUAUUGAAUUUACUGAAGAAAAAAAAGCUCAAGAUGUCAUACCAAAACCUACAGAAAAGGCUGAACCAACUGUGGAAAUGAAACCACUUAAAAUUCUGCUUUCUAAAAUAUCUGUUGAUGAUAUUAAGGAAGCAUCUUCAAGGGCAUCAUCUCAGCCAACGGAGGAGGAUAAUAUGACAGAUAAUAUAACUACAUCUACAAUAAAUCCUGUAGAAAGUAACCCACCCACAUCUUUCCAAAUAGUUAAGCAAGAGACAACCAGUAUUACUAAAACAGAUGAUGCAGAACAAAACUUGAUAGAAUUAGCACCUCCGCAAAUUAAGAAGGAGACUGAAAUUGAAACUGUCUCUGCAAUACAUCCUAUCGAAAGUGACCUACCUACAGCGGUGUCUCAGGAAGAGACAACCAGUAAUACGAAAUCGCAUCAAGUAGAACAAAAUCGAUUAAGUCCAGCACUUCGAUCACGUGGAAAGAAAGGAAAAAAUAAAUUAAACGUCAAGUCAUCACCUGCUAAACAUCUACUACCUAAAACAUCAGUACAACCAACUGAAAUGACGGAUCGUGAUGUUACUUCUAUAUUUAAUCCCGUAGAAAACAAACUUCACUCAAAAUUUAAGAUACCGAAGUUAUCUGAAAAAAUUGCUGAUUUGAAUUCUGGUAAAACUGCUAAAGGUAAAAAGAAUAAAGAAAGUAGGUCUGUUUUGCAGAACUAUAGUGAGGACGACUUGAGUUAUGAGAAAAGAAAUGUUCAACGUAUAACAGCUAAUAAAGCGAAACAAAAUGAAGAUGGAUGUUGUAGUGCCACUUCUUCGGAACGUCAAAUGUUAGACAAUGAAGAAAUCAGAAGUAUCAAAAAUGAUGUUAAACACGAAGAUAAAAAAUUAUUGAAAAAAACUAAUAAAAAAACACAAAUGAAAAUUUCUACACCAGAUAGCAAAAUUAAAAAAUUAAUUAAGGAGGAAGUUGAUACAGUAGAAAUAGAGGACAUUAAAAGUACGAAUUUUGAUCAGAUUAAAACACAAAAUAUAAAACUAAAUUUAAUAUCAAAAUUUAAAACUUCACCAAAACAACAAAUUCACGAAAGCGAUGAGGAAAUUAUAGCUAUUGCAGAGGUAAACAGUGACACUACAUCAGUUACUGAUGGUUUGGGUACAAAUAUAACAGUUAAAGAUGAAAAAUCGCAAAAUAUUUUUGAGAGUAGCAAAACACCUGAAAUACAAACUGAAAAAGCAUUACCAACUGAAGCUAGUAAGGAUUCGACUUCUGCAGCUGAUAAAUCAGAUGAAGAGGAUACUAAAGAAAUUUCCUUUCUAAAUAUGGAAGUAAACGCUUCUUCUGACGAGGAUGAUGGCGAUAUAUUAAGUUUUCUUAAAGAUUAG